AUGCAUAUAUCAACCAUUUUCGUUUUAAUAGCACUAUCGCUUUCAUCACAAUUUUUGUUAGCUUCUGCGCAGUCAACGCCUGAUAAUACUGUCGACAAGUCACCGUCAAUUGAAAAUAGUCCUUGUGAAAAUGAUUGGGAUUGUAUUAAUAAUAAGAUAAACCCCGAAAUGAAAGUAUCAUGGUUUAACCAAACAACCAAAAGGAGGCCGGGUGACUUUAUGUGUAUACAGAAAAAAUGCAAAUUUGUGGUUGCUGCUGGUCAACCAUGUCGAGAUGAAACAGAUUGUAUAGCAUAUCAUUAUUCAAUUAUAUAUAACGUUCAAUUUGAGCAAAAAGAGAUUUGUAGUCCAAAGUAUUGUAAUUUUGAAUCAAGUUGCGAUGGAGCAUGGGAUCAAAAAGAUCUUACUUUACCUCAAAUUGAAAAACCAUCGAACUGUUGUAAUGGACUUCCUUCAGAGUCAAAAUGUGAUAUAGUAGCGAAUGAUGUUGAUCCAUGUGAUUAUAGUUCGAGUUGUAAUUAUGAUAAAACAUCUGGUAUCGCAAAAUGUUUGUUAAAUGCAGAUCGAAAGGGAAGUAUUUGGAUCGGUGUCUUAAUAUGUUUAUUGGGAGGUGUAGCUGCAAAUAUCGGAUUGAAUAUUCAAAAAUAUGCUUUUACCAAGCACCAAGAAGAAUCGAACAAAAUAACAAAUGUAAAUGAUGAUAUUGGUCCAACAAAUAAUUUGGACCGUUCUAGCCUUUAUAAAAAAUUGGAAAGAUUUAUGUUCUGGAAACAAAUUAUUGUAUCGCCGCUCUGGGUCUUUGGACUGGUUAUCUACAUUUUCGGAAGCUUGUUAGGUUUUGUCGCAUUAAAAUUCGCUCCACAAUCACUCGUCGCACCGCUAGGCGUUGUGUCUUUGGUCGUCAAUCUGAUAAUCGCUCCGAUACUUCAUCAUCAAACAUUAACAGUCUGGGACAUUGUUGGUGUCGUAAUCAUCAUAGGCGGUAGUAUCGUGAUCACAGUAUACUCUGGAAUUGUUAUACAAGCUCGAGAGGAUGCAAUUGCACUUGUCCAAGAAGACGCCGCUGCUGCUACUACCGGACAUGUACAAAGUUCCACUAAUGCAAAUGAGUCAUCGCUUAUUGAAGUAGUAACGGAACAAGACUCGAAGGACAAAAUAACGCAUAAUGUGCUUGACAAGCAGAAUAUUUCUGAUAAAGUGGUGCAUGACGUUGAAAAAACAAACCAUAUACCCCCACCUCGGAUUUCAAUUUCUUCAAUGCGUACAGUCGGAUCUGCCAUUAGAAAACGAAACCUUAAAGAAAAGAUUCUUUUGCCGCUGGCUUAUGCAAUAUUGGCAUCCAGUUUGGCCACAAUCACUACCCUUUUUGCAAAGGUGCCAAUCUUUUAUUGCAAUUGGAGUUUAUUUGAUAUAAUAGGAGGGGGCAUCUAUUAUGAUGAAUUUCAUAACUUUACCGUAGAGAAAUAUAUAGGAUUUAUUGUUGGAAUAUGCUUUAUAUUCUUUGGUGUAACAUUAUUAAGUAAGAGAUUAGCUAUGUUAACGAAAGAAGAAGAAUUGCUUAAAGAAAGGCAAAAGGUAUUGGAGCAAGAGUUGAAGAAGAAAAGGAAUAAUAGUAGGAACAAAUCGGUAUAUGAUGAAAAGAAAAAGGUGAAACCCCUAAAUUAA